CUAGCUUUCUUUAGUGUAUAUAUCCUGUUACCGAUAUUUGAGCGAGAGUCGGACAAUAGCAUUUGAGAGACGAAACAUUUUUUCAGUAUAGUCAGGCACAAUUUGCAGUGUGUGUGGUUUAAUUCUGCUUUGAGCCUUUCUGUGGCGACUUUUUGCGCGAAAGGUUUUAAUUUUGGUGAUUUGUAAUCGAUUAUUUCACAAAAGGUAGGUUUAGACUUGACUAAAUUGAUUUGAUAGAAAGUACUUAAAUGAUUUGAAAGAUCAUAUAAUUAUGCUUGUUGUAAGACUGCCUAUAAGUGGUCUUUAAUUUUUUCUACUCUUGACUUGAGUGAUAGAACUGAUUCAAUUGUCAUAAUUAUCUCAUGUUAAACAUGAGUGUCCUAAACUAUAUUUUAUACAAUAAGCUGCCAUGAUAUUUUUCAGGUAGUCCAAACAUAAACCACGACAGUUUAUUGUAGAAUACUACAUAUAGACUGGACCACCACAUUUGAGAUAUCUUUUUCAGGUAGUUCAGACACAAACCACGACAGCUUACUGUAGAAUACUACCUACACUAGACCACCACAUUUGAGAUAUCUUUUUCAGGUAUAGUUCAGACACAAAUCACGACAGCUUAUUGUAGAAUACUACCUUACACUGGACCACCACAUUUGAGAUAUCUUUUUCAGGUAUAGUUCAGAGUUCAGACACAAAUCACGACAGCUUAUUGUAGAAUGCUACCCACACUGUACUACACCGGCGCAUCAAUAAACCGUUAGAUUUAAUUUAAGCUUUUUAUUCACCCUUCAUUGUUUUUUAGGCACAAUGGCUACAGCUUCAGGUAAGACCUUAAGAUUAAAACACAUGGAAUGUUACAACUUUGGAGAACAGUAAACUAUUUUACUUAUCAAUACGAAAAAACUCUUAAGUUCUCUCAACUCUCAUGUAUGCUCUGGUCAAAGAGAAUUAGAAUUGAUGAGAGUUGAGAAGCGAGAGUUUGCAUGAGAGUUUUCUCAACACUCAUAUGCCUCGGUCAAAACGAUAACAAGACUGAGUUACACACAAGACUGAGUUACAUAAGUUGUUAUACAAGUCUGCGAACAAGCAGUCGACAAAUUGUGUUCGCACUGCUUGUUCCCAGUUGUUGUAACAAUUAAGUCUGGAACAAACUGUUAACAACUUGUAACAAGCUUGAUGGCAUUAUCAGACUUGUUACAAGGUUGUUCCAACAAGUCUGAUACAGUCAUGAUAUAACAAGAAUGUUAGAGGGUUGAUGACACAAGGUUGUAACAAUAUUGUUAUAUCAUGACUGUAUCGGACUUGUUGGAACAACCUUGCGACAAUUAGUCUGAUAAUAUCAACAAGAUUGUUACAAGUUGUUAACAGGUUCCAAACUUAUGUACAACUUGGGGCAAGCAAUGUGAACACAACUUGUUGAUGGCUUGUUGGCAGACUUGCUACAAGAUGUGAGAUUCUUGCGUGCUUUAAAUAGUACAUGAGAAUUGAUGAGAGUUUAGUGGAUAAUACGGCGCGAUAGCGAAAACGCUCAUCAACUCGGCAUCAAAAUUUGAACAUCUCUUCCCGUUUGACCGAGGCUUUAGUGAAACCCAUUCAUUUUAAUUUUGCUAGACACACAAGAAGCGAUCUUGAUUCUCAUCGCCAUUACGUUGGGUAUCCUUGUCUUCAGUAUGCUAUUAUUCAUUAUCUACAUCUGUAUAUUUCAACAACAGUAAGUAUUCCUAGACUGUUACUUCGUAUGUUAGAGACUGUUACAUUAUGCACUAUGCAGUUACAGUAGACAUACUAAGGGAGGACCAUUAGAAAAGUGAUGGGGGGGGGGGGACAUUUCCAACCUGUACGAUUUUUUCAAAAUUUUUUGCUUGUGUCGAUAAUUUUUUUUUUUUAAAAAAGUGUUGGAGAGCGGGGGAGGGGGGUUAACAUUUUCUCAGGACACUAAAAAAAGGGUCAAAAAAGUUUUCCGUACUAACAUCAAUUAAGGAACAAAAAAAUUUCCCCUCACUAAUUCUUGUUAAAACAUGCUUAAAGCCUUUUUUCCCACCAAUAUCUUCAAUAUUUAGGUUUAGAAACUAUUUCUCUCGCACCAUUAUUAUAUCAAAAAACGUUUUAUUUUCCAAAUUUGGGGGCCACCCUUACACAACUUAUAAUUUUCCCUAUUGAAAAGUUUCUGCACGAAUUUUUUUAACUAACUUUUUUCGUGCUCGAAUUUUUUUUUUCUGUUUCCCCUGCUCGAUUUUUAUUUUUGCUUUUGCCCCCCCCCCCCCCCCCCCCAUCACUUUUCUAAUGGUCCGCCGCUAAAGGACCGUUUACACCUGCAAAUGUAAACAAGUGAAUGAGUUAAGGAUAUUCGGAUGACGACUGACGAUGAUAAAUAUACUCAGAACAUUUUAGAGACAGUUCAAAGACUUGUACUGGUGAUAAUAUUAAAAUUUUGCAACACGAGUUUUUUCAAUUACUGAUAGCCUUUUCCCAAAGCCAGGAAAGUGUAACUUUCCGUGUCAUACUUGGGGCAUUCUAGGAAGGAAUGUAAUAUAUCCUCUAUACAGUAAAAAACCUCAUCUUGAUCAAUAUUUCAGUACAGAGAAACAUUGCGGAUAUGAUGUCACUGGAUGAACAGCAAAUUAGUUUACUUUGACAGUGAAAAAGUUGACCAGGAUGAUGUUUUUAGAUGAUUUAUAAAGCGAUAUCAUCGCAUUCUUCUUAGGAUGACCCAAAUAUACAAAAUUCAUUGAUUGAGCACACCAGUAUGAAUAAAGCACGAUAAGUUUUCACUUCAAAUUUUAAAGCAUAUAUUAAUUUCUUCAAUUUAGGAUCAAGAAAAUCAAGAACAAACUAUAUUCACCAAACGUGAUCGCAACAAGAAAAUAAUACCAACUCAUGGACUACUCCAGUUGCAUGAUACUGUAAAUUACGUUUAGAUAUUAGAUAUACUUGUAAAAAAUUUUUUAAUAAAUG